AUGGCACCCACCGCUACCUCCGAGCUCGCCAACAAGGUGGCCGACAUCGCCGUGUCGGCCAAGACUGCUGCCGCCAGCGUCGUCGCCGCCGCCACCGCCACCACCUCGACCGCGUCCAAGACUGUGUCGAGCGAGGAGACGGUCCGCCUCGAGCACGAGUUCGGCGCCCACAACUACCACCCGCUGCCUGUCGUCUUUGACCGCGCCCAGGGCGCCCAUGUGUGGGACCCCGAAGGCAAGCAGUACAUUGACUUCCUCUCGGCCUACUCGGCCGUCAACCAGGGCCACUGCCACCCCACGAUUGUCGCCGCCCUCGUCGCGCAGGCGCAGAAGCUGACGCUCUCGUCGCGCGCGUUCUACAACUCGGCCUUUGGGCCUUUCGCCGAAAAAGUGACCAAGACGUUCGGCUAUGACAUGGUGCUGCCGAUGAACACGGGCGCCGAGGCGGUCGAGACGGCGCUCAAGCUGGCGCGCAAGUGGGGCUACAUGAAGAAGGGCAUCCCGGAGGGCAAGGCGCGCCUGCUGAGCGUCGAGGGCAAUUUCCACGGUCGCACCCUCGGCAUCGUCAGCAUGAGCACCGACCCAGACAGCCGCACUGGCUUCGGGCCCUUCCUCGACCGCGUCGGGCCGGGCGUCGAGGACCUCAAGAUCCGCUACAACCACGCCGAGGACCUCGAGGCGGUGCUGGACAAGUACGGCCACGAGGUGGCUGCCUUCCUCGUCGAGCCGAUCCAGGGCGAGGCCGGUAUCGUUGUCCCGGACGCCGGCUACCUCGCCCGCGUCCAGGAGCUCUGCAAGAAGCACAACGUCCUCUUCAUCUGCGACGAGAUCCAGACCGGCCUCGGACGGACGGGCCGCAUGCUCUGCUGCCAGCACGACGAGGGCGUGCGACCGGACAUCAUCACGCUGGGCAAGGCGCUCAGCGGCGGCGUCUACCCGGUGUCGGCGGUGCUGGCGGACCGCGAGGUGAUGCUGUGCAUCCAGCCGGGCGAGCACGGCUCCACGUACGGCGGCAACCCGCUCGGCUGCGCCGUGGCGUCGGCGGCCAUCGACGUGCUGGUCGACGAGAAGCUCUCGGAGCGCGCCGACCGGUUGGGCGCCAAGUUCCGCGAGCAGCUGGCGGCCAUCGACAGCCCGCUGCUGCAGACGGUGCGGGGCCGCGGCCUGCUCAACGCCAUCGUCAUUGACGAGACCAAGAGCAAGAAGGGCCGCUCCGCAUGGCAGCUCUGCCUGCUGCUCAAGUCCAAGGGCCUGCUGGCCAAGCCGACGCACGUCAACAUCAUCCGCCUCGCCCCGCCGCUCGUCAUCGACGAGGCCGACCUGGACCGCGGCGUCCAGAUCAUCAAGGAGGCGCUCGACGAGAUCGACGUGCUCGACAAGAUCCCCGGCGACGACGAGAGCCACUAA